AUGGCCACCACUCCUUCUCCGCGAAUGGAACAUAGGACCAAACAUCCUUAUCCUAGUCUGCCUAGUGCUCACAAACAUCAUGUGAUAGGAGAAGAAAUCGAGGAUGAGGAUAUGGAAGCGCCGAUCAAAACGGUGGUGUAUGUGCCAAAUCGGGCGAAUGCCCGAGGACGAUUUCCCGUUGUCUCUGUUCACAAGAAAAAAGAUGGACGCUACGUUGUGAUGGAACAGCGGCCAGUUCAUACGUUCUUCUCCGGUGAAAAAUUUAACGACUUGAAAAGUCUUGAAGAGAGAGAAGACAAGUUAAAUCGAGAAACUAAAUACAAAUAUGUCAAGCCACCCUGGAAAUGGUCAUCAAAAGGGAAAUCCAUGGAGAGGUCAUUCGAUCGUAAUUAUUAUUAUCCAUAUCUUCCACCCAUUAACAAUCAUAUGGAGACUGUUACUUCGAAAGUUGGAUCCUUGGACAAUGCACAGCAUAGCCCUAGACCCUCAAAUAAAAAAGUACCCCAUUUUCAUGUUCAUUGGGAAGCGGAGGCCAAAGUCGGAUCAUUAGAUAACGUUGACUAUAAAAAGCAACGUUCACGGAGUCAUCCUGCUUCAGAAGUAGGAAACAGGUCAGAUAUAAGUGAAUUUGAGACUCACAGUUUAAAGCUUCCACCAAUCAAAACUAAGUAUGGAGGGAGUGGGGAUGUUGGUUCAUUUGGGAAUUCCCAUUUCACUCCAGGUACAUCCAAAACUUCUCCAAGAUCCAUAAAAUCCACAGCCAGGUCAAAGAUUGGCUCGCUAGACAACAUCCACUAUGUCCCAGGGGGUGGAGACGUGGAGAUUCCACAUUUUCCACAUGACUUCAAAGCGGAAUCUAGGAUUGGAUCUUUGGAGAAAGUCUUUCAUAAACCUGGCGGUGGAGAUGUGCAAAUUGUUGAUUUAAAACCAAAAUGGAAAUCUAAACCUAAGGUGGGUUCCCUGGAGAAUUUUGAUCAUACACCUCAGAAAUCAAGCUUCAAAGUGCCACACUUCAGUGAAAACUUCCAUCAAAAAGCCAAAGCCAAGAUUGGCUCACUCAAAAACAUUGAGUACUCCCCACCAUCGAAGCAUCCCCAGAUCUUCAACUCAAAGCCAAACUGGAAGAAGGAGUCUAAGAUUAGUGCUCUCUGGAAAACUAAACACAGAUAUGAUGAUCCGUAUGACCUGGAAUACGAUGAAGAUGCUGAAAUAGAGGCAAGGAUUAGGGAACUGAUGAAGCGAUGAUUCAAGGAAUAUAGCUAAUUGUAGUAAUUUGCUAGACACUAGCUGACUUUCUUUUCUUGAAAGGUUUGGUUAUAUUUUGCAUCAAAUAUGAGUUUCCAUAUGUUUCAGUUAUGUGUGAAGUUUUACAUCUUGUUCCUUAAUUGCAGAAAUACUGUAGAAGUACUUUUUUCUGUGUGGUAUUAAUUUAGGCUAUGUACGCAGUCAUAGAUAAUCCAUGGAGAUUUGUCCAAGGGUACUUGAUAUGAAUGUAAGGCAUAUAGUGACAGUCAAGAAAAUCCGCUCAAUUUUCUACCCGUGGAUUAAAAAGAAAUUGAGAUUUCGGGGAAUUAUGACCCUGCGGAAAAAAGUACGUCUACAGUAUUCGAAAUUAAGUACUUUUUUAAUAUGAAGACAAGUAAAAGGGUUCUAUAAAUGUAUGACCUUUCUUGUGUUUUAUCGCUUUGUUGUGAAGAAUCAAUAGUGCUACAGCAAACUUAAGUUCUACUUUUUCAAAUUGAUUUUGUUAAACUGUUAUAAAGUUUUAUUUAUUUUGCUAUUUAUUAAAUUGUUCUAGUUGUGAUAAUUAGAAUAGGUCAUCAAAUUGUGCCAACAUCAUCCAUUGUUCAUUUGUUAUGAAAGGUAACUGUGAUAUUUAUUUUAAUAAAUACAUGUAUAAAAGUUAUUUGUUGCAUUGUCACUUUGGUCCUUUUUGUACUUUUAUCAUUUGAUUAACUUUUCCUAUAGCUUCUUUUGUGUUUUGACCUCAACAAUACUUUAGCUUGUGCAGAAUAUUUUAUCUUAUUGGCAAUUCACUUACACACUGUGUCAAAGAGAUUUUUUAAAUGAUGUAACCAUCAUAAAAGUUAGAAUAAUUUUCUUUUUUUUAAAUUACAAGAGGGAAUUGAGAUGGACUUAAAUGGCAGAAAUUCUCAUGAUGAACUCAAAAAUGAAUCAUUUUAGAAAUUAGUCUUUUGAAAGAAGAAAAUUUUCAAAAAUUCUAAUCAUAGAAACAAAACUUUUGUUUAACAAAAAUUCAGAACCAAUGGUGGUACAUGUAUAUCCAAAGUGUGACAUAUUAGCUGACUGAUUUUAACAAGUGUGGAAUUUUAAGGCAUGAGUGGUUAUCUAAAGAAAAUUUUAAAAAUAUAUACACCAUUGUCUCUUUAAACGCAAUAUGAUCUAUAUUAUUGACACAUCUUAACUCUUUGCUUUGUAAUUCUUUUUAAUCCUAUCCGUUAGGACUUUUGUGUUCAUUUAAAACUUUCUCUCGCCCCGACAGUUAUCUUUAUAAUCUCGUCAUUGGUAUGUACCCGAAAGUUCUAUUAUGAAUCUUUGUGCCAAAAGCACUUUAAAAAGGCAAAAAUUGAUUCAACCUUAUAUAAGAUCUCUUGUUCACUUCUCCGUAAAAUGAAAUAUUUUUCUGUUCGUCGAAACUUUUUUAUGAGACUUGAGAAUCAAGAAAUUCAAGUUGGUUGUUUGCAUUGCCAUUAAGUCUUGGAGAGAAAUGACAACAGUAAUUAAAUCCAUGCCCUAAAACCAAUAUCGACAAGUAAUAUCAUCUUUAAUGAGUGUAAAACAUACAGAUUUAGAUGUGUUAGUCAGUAGACAUGGAAGCAGUUUGCUAUGGCAACGUACCAAACAUUCAUUUUAGUGUAUUUGAGAUUGGUUAAAAAGGAAAAAAGCCCUUCAGAAAUGUUGAAUGAAUUCAUAUAUUUUUGUCCAGGCAUAUUCUGGCUUGCAGAUUAUCUUUGGUAAUGGUUCAAUUUAAUAAGGUUGUUUAAGUAAACUACUGGUUUGAUCGGUUAGAUCUGCAAGUCAGUUAGUUUGCAAUUCACCUAGUGUACCCAGGGAAUUCUUUACACUUCCGUUUUGUAAUUUUAUAUGUGUAUGAAAGAUUAGGAAAGUGCAGGCAAUUAAAGGGUCUUAAAGGGGAUAGGGUUAUCUUUUUGAACACAAAGGGAAUUCUGGAG